AAUUAAUCAUAAAUUCCCAAUAUGUAUAAGCAACCCCAAUAACCCACUCCUAGAAAUGCAGCCAAAUAAACUCCACUUAACACCCAAGAAAUACUUUAAAGGCUUAUGAAAAAAAAUUCUAAGUCAAAAAUGCAAUUAAUUGAUAUAGUAGAUGAUACAAAACUUGUUAAAAAUGAAAAAUAUGUUUCUAAAUCUCCUUGUUCAGGAUGGUAGAGCUUUAGAAAUUAAAGUUCUGAAAGAGCAAUUCAUAAAAUAAGACACUAAUCAAAUGAGGAUUUGUAAAAAACUUUAAAAAAACCAUGUCAUCUAAAUCAUGUAAGUUCAAUGAUUGGAUUUUAAUAAAAAGACUUUAUUUAAAAUGCCAAUGCCUUUUUGAGAGAAAAAAAUCUUGAAAAUAAGCUGGAUACUUUAACUCAAUAGGUAUCAAAAUUAAGAGAAAAAUCAGAAUAAUUAGAAUUAUAGAAUAAAUUACUGUUUGAUAAUUUAUAAAAAUAUAAAAGUGAAGGCAAUCAAGUAAAUUUUGGGUUAUCAUGAAGGAAAGAAAUGCUUUGCUUGAAAGGUUGGAUCACAUGAUUGAAAUGUAAUAGAAAUAAGAGGAGAAUUUAUAGCAUAUAAAGACUUUGUUUAGUGACAACUAGAGGAGAAUUAAGACAUAAUAAUCGUAACCGAAACAAAGGAGUUUUGGAAAAUCUGCCUAUAUGGGAUUUAAUGUAUGA